UAGAAAUGUCUGUAAAUGUCAGCAUUAGUAUUGAAGACGAUGUUCUGGACUCUGUUGGGUCUCUCUUCUAUCUAGUUAGUCCUUGGAAACAUACAUUUUACAGCAUAGAAGAUUGUCCUGAUCAUUUAGAUAGGGCGCUACCGUACAUGAUAUUCCUGAUUGUACUUGAGGCCCUGAUAAGCCUGGUUGUACAGGGUAAAAAGUACAAUAUGGCGGAUUCUCUGACAAAUGUAAAUAUCGGGGUGCUGAUGGUACUGGCUGGACUAGUUUCUAAGUUUGCUAUGCUGUCUACCUACUCAUGGGUCCAUCAACAUUAUAGAGUUUUGGAUUUGAAUUGGGACUCAGUAUAUGUCUGGGUAUUAGCAGCUGUAGCAGUAGAUUGUGGUUAUUACUGGUUUCAUAGAGCUAGUCAUGAAAUAGGAUUUCUCUGGGCUGUCCAUCAGGUUCAUCAUAGCAGUGAGGAGUUCAAUCUUACCACAGCAUUCAGACAACCUAUCCUAGAGGGAUUAGGAUGGAUAACUCAUUGGUUUUACUUGCCCUGUGCUCUACUAAUACCUACACCUCAGAUGCUUGUUCAUUCAGAGUUGAACUUCCUUUAUCAAUUCUGGAUUCACACUGAGCUAGUUGGAAACCUCGGACCUUUAGAAUUGAUAUUUAACACAGCAACUCAGCAUAAAGUACAUCAUGGAACUAACAGGUCAUAUCAAUCAACCAAUGAAAUAAUUCAAAAUUAUUAGUAAAAUAAAUUUCAU